AUGUAUGGCGAUUGGGUCGGCAGCCUGUAUUCCAUUGUUACCACGGAUGCUGACAUUAUUCGAGAAGUGUUCGUUAAGGAAUUCAAAUCUUUCCCAAAUUCUAAGUUUCAAUUUAAGUCUCCUCAUGACAUACAGCGAAACGCAUUGCCGUUCAUCUACGACUACCCUCACUGGAAGGCUGUCAGAAGUAUUGUUACACCUACGUUCAGCUCCGGAAAACUCAAGCAGAUGUCAGGUUUCAUGGUUGAUUCCAUUGACCACGUGAUGAAGAAUGUCUUAAAGGCUGCCGAUGAAGGAAGAACGAUGGAGAUGAAGGAAAUAUACGGGUCCUACACAAUGAAGGUUAUCUCGGCGGCUGCAUUUGGGCUUGAUAUUGACACACAAGACGAGCCCAACCAUCCAUUUAUUCAGAAUUCGACAAAGGCCAUUUCUGAGAUUCUAGGCCAUCCAGUAACUGUCGUUGCAAGCAUCUUCCCUGUAUUGAAACCUUUGGCCUCACUGGUUGGUCUCGUCAGUCGACCAGGAUCUUCAAUACAGUACCUGGACUCCAUACUGAUAUUGAUUGUUGUCUGCUGCAUCUUCCCUGUAUUGAAACCUUUGGCCUCACUGGUUGGUCUCGUCAGUCGACCAGGAUCUUCAAUACAGUACCUGGACUCCAUACUGACAUCCACCAUAAAGGACAGACGUGAAACUGGAAAUUCAGGGCGUAAAGACCUUCUUCAGCUGUUAAUUGAUGCUAAACUAGAUGAUAGCCAAGUCAACCUUCAGGAUGCACCAAACGGAGGCAUUGCCAAGCGAGAUCUCAGCGAUAUUGAGAUACGAGCCCAAGCCAUCGUCUUCAUGUUGGCCGGAUACGAAACAACGGCUACUACUCUGUCGUUCAUGUCGUACCUGCUAGCUAACCAUCCGGACAUCCAGAGACGACUGUGUAAGGAAAUUGACGACGUCUUGGAAGGGAAAACACCUGACUAUGACAACAUCCAGCAAUUGCCCUAUUUAGAAAUGUGCUUGCACGAGAGCAUGAGACUUUUCCCGCCGAUUUUGAGACUAAGCCGAGGAGCUGAGGAGGACAUCUGCAUUAAGGGUCACUUUCUACCCAAGGGUACCGGGAUUUCUGUGCCCGUGUACGUUCUUCACAGAGACCCCGAAUAUUGGCCCAACCCUGACAAGUUUGAUCCCGAGAGAUUCUCCCUACAGAAUCGGGACAAGAACCACCCUUUUGCUCUCAUUCCCUUCAGCGCCGGACCGCGAAACUGCGUUGGGAAAAGGAUGGCUUUAGUGGCGGCAAAGAUUGCCAUGGCAACGGUCCUGCAAAGAGUCAGUUUUGAAAUCACUGCUGAAACUCAGAUCCCUGUCAAACUUCAAAAGGACAGCUUCAUAUGCACGGCUGAGAAUGGUAUUCAUUUGCGUGUGCGCAGGCGAAGCCCCAUGACGUCACCUUAAUAUGACAGUCGAAGAGGCGGGGAGAUACUGAGAUAAAGAAUAAAAAGAGCAAUGCAAACCCUGGAUAUAGAUAUUUCACAUUUUCGAAACACCCCUUUGGAGGAAGUGGAACAUGUAUAGCCCAUGUUGUUUAUGUUAGACCUGCAUGUCCUGUUAAUUGGACCGAGGUCAUUUGACUCAUACCACUUUAUUAAAAUGCUGUUUUUGCAUUGUAGUCUUGCAAUGUGUCAGGAAAAUGCCCACUGUGACUGGUUUGUUACUACAAAACGCGUAGCGGAUAUUUACGUUGUAACAAACGCCGUGAAACUAUCUCAGAUGUAAAAAACAUCUGGAAUGCUUAUAGGACGAAAAUGAUGCAUAUCAGCUGAAUAGUAAAACCUUUGCAAUGUACAACUACUGUAAUGUGUGCGGUGAAACUAUCUGUUAUAUACAGCAUGAAUGGCUUUGCUGCAUGGAACGCUGACAUGUCAUGUGACUUUGGUGAAAUUGAUAUCACACGUGACAGACAGUAUUCUGUAACACUGAGGUAAAACAACACCCUGUAAUACAAUAUGUACAAAGUGCGCGUACAAUAAGUAACAAGGAUGUUUGUGACAACUAAGAGGUGUCUAAGAUUUAGAUAUAUUGGAUUGUUUUUGCUCAAUACAUUGUAAAAAAAAACAUCUGUUUAAUUGACAGAACUGUUGAAUGAUGGCAGACAAGCCUAUGUUAUUGCUACAAAACAUUAUUUCGUAUGUAAUGAGUAUUUUGAGUAUUAUUCCUGGUAUUCCCUUUUGCCUAAUGGAGUAUUGGGCAGCCCACAACAUAACAACAUGCUGCAGUAACAAUAUCUAUUCCAUUAUCCCUCAGUAUGCGUGACAUUAUUUCAGAUUAAACAGAUUGGUUUUAUUUUCAAAACACAUGCCAAUUGGACUUAGAUGUUUCUACAGUGCAAAGUGAUCUGAAGGUGAACAACUGUAUGCUUCUGGCAAUGGGCACGAUGAAAGCCUGCAUGUAGUAAAU